AUGGAAGUCCCUACACGUAGACGUCGGCAUUCUUCUGUGGGCAAGAUCAAUCUCGGAGACAACUCGGUGCCGUCCCUGCGCACCAUGCACUCUGACAAGGACGUCAAGACGACGGCCCAGCUGCAUAAACAACAGCUGAACAAAGCCACAGACUCCAGCGACGAUCUUGCCGUUCUAGACAAAAUCUGGGUCUCUGUCAAGAUCCUGAGCUACAGACACCCGUGGCUGCCGCCGCUGGUGUUUUUGGUCGCCACGCAGCUGGCCUACUGGUUUUCCAACAACUACACUCCGUCAAACCCUCUGCACAUGUUUAUGACCAUGUCCUACGGGGUUCCGGGCACAAACCCGCCGCUGUAUGAGAAGGGGUGGAAAGACUUUGCGUUUGUCGGGUACAUGAUGGUCUUUUUCACGUUCUACAGAGAGUUUCUCAUGCAGAUCGUACUGCGGCCGCUUGCGCUGCAUUUUGGCAUCCGUAGGGAGUCCAAGAUCAGACGGUUUACGGAGCAGACGUACUCGAUGUGCUACUACGGCGUGAGCGGCCCGCUGGGGCUGUACGUGAUGAAACAGACGCCGAUGUGGUACUUCAACACCCGGGCGUUCUACGAGAACUACCCGCAUCUGGCCAAUUUUUAUCUGUUCAAGUUCUACUAUCUGGCACAGGCGGCAUUUUGGGCACAACAGAGCGUGGUUCUCAUUUUGCAGCUCGAAAAGCCCCGCAAGGACUUCAAGGAGCUGGUGUUCCACCAUGUCGUCACGAUGCUACUAAUUGGCCUGUCGUACAGGUUCAACUUCACCUGGAUGGGAAUUGCCGUGUACAUCACGAUGGACAUUUCCGACUUCUUCCUGGCCACGUCCAAGACACUCAACUACCUGGACUCAGUGCUCGUGGGCCCGUUUUUCUUCCUGUUUGUGGGCGUCUGGGUCUACCUUAGACACUGGCUCAACUUUCGGAUUCUGUGGUCGGUGCUCACCGAAUUCCGCACCGUCGGGCCGUUCACUCUCAACUUCGCCACGCAGCAGUACAAGUGCUGGAUCUCGCAGCCGAUCGUGUUUGUGCUGAUCUUUGCGCUGCAGCUCGUCAAUCUGUACUGGCUGAUUCUCAUCCUGAGAAUCAUGUACCGGUACGUGUUUCUGAACGUAGCAGAGGACGAGCGGUCCGAGUCCGAGUCCGAGUCCGACGACAAGAAGGACAACUAG